CCAUCGGUGCCUCCUGCCUUCCCUCCUCUCUCUCUCUCUCUGCUUCCCCCUCUUGGAUUGUUCCGUCUCCGGAGGCAGCAGUUGGAUGAGAGAAAGAGGCGCCGUCGCGAAGGAGCCGCUUUUGUCGCUCCCCUUUGCCCCACUUCGAUCCCAAAUACUCCGUCUUCUUCAGUCGCCCAGACCGGGAUUCUUUCGAAACGAGACCGCGGCUUGAUCCUAAUCGAUUCGUACACUCCACUAAGGUUCUGGUGAGGAAAUUCCAGUGAAAGAAUGGUUGAGUUGGUUUCUCGCCGCGGAAGGACGCUGCAGCGGUACAACUCCGGCUGCCGCCUCGUCGCCGGAUGCAUUCCCUACAGGUUCAAGAAGAUGGACAAGCCAUCUUUAGCAGACAUCGAUCGAGCGAUCGAGGUUAUGGUCGUAAGCUCUCAAAAGGGACGUGAACUCAUGUUCCCAAAGGGAGGUUGGGAGCUUGACGAAAGCAUGCAAGCAGCAGCCUCCAGGGAGGCAUUUGAGGAAGCCGGCGUGCGAGGGAAGUUCGAGGGCAAGCUUGGGAAAUGGCCUAGCAAGGAGCAAGACAAGAUCCACCACAUGUUCGCCAUGAGAGUCACAGAGGUGCUGCCACAGUGGCCGGAGAUGAACGCCCGAGAACGGAAAUGGGUGAGCGUGGCAGAAGCAAGAGAAGUAUGCAAGCAUGCAUGGAUGAGUGAAGCGCUGGAUAAACUGCAAGAGCUUCUAUCGACUUCAAGCGAGCAAGACAACUGUUCGGCGCAGCACGCACUGACACCACUGACCGAGAACUCCAUUCUUUCCUGUACAUAGAAACUGCAGGAUUCACGAUUCUUUAUAUAUCAGCGGAAUAAGGCAGGGAAAUAGCAUCCUCGAUUGACUGACUUGUAAUAGCAGGAUAAAAUAGUUGUCUCUUUUGUUCCUUGCCAAAUACUUUCUAUGCAGUCAUCACUCUCUCUCUC